AUGGCUAAUCCUCGUCAACUACCACCAACGCUGCUCGAUACUGAGGGAUACUGGUCGACGGUUCUCCAGUACGCGUAUAAAUAUAUGAUACGCCCCGCCGCGCCGCUUAUCCUCACAUCGGCUUCACUUCCUCGUAUCGUCCCCGAGUAUCCAGGGGACGAGAUGGGAAAGAAUUUGGAUGUGGACAAAACCUUUCGCACCCUGAUUCGUGUCUCCUUUGGCGACUACGAACUCAAUGAAGGCAUUGGCGAGGCAUAUAUUGGUGCACUCACCCCCGGACUCCGCGAUUCCAUUGCCCUCAAUCACAUCCUCUAUCCUGGAAAGGACUAUAUAUUGGAAGCCUUUGGAAAAGCUCACAUUCAUGUAUUCGGGAAGUUCAUCGUACCCAAGGAAGUCAACGUUGCGAAAACAAUCGUCCGAGUCUUUCGGCGCCUGCCAACGCGUCACCUCAAACCACAGCAUGGGCCGGGACUGCCCACCCCGGAAGCUGCCUGUCAAGUCAAGGCUGCAGCAACCUGUCCCCCGCGCCCUUCCCAGGGUAAGCACAUGGGCGCUUCCCAAGCCAACGGGCAGGUACCCAUCGAAGUGAAGGAAGAACCCUUGGACUCGAUUCUCCUGUCGAGUCAAUUUUUACGCGAAGGCGGUCGUCACGAGGGGGACAAUCUUUUCGAAAGGGGAGACGGCAGCGCUGACGGAAGUCGUGAUGACCGAGAGAGCGUCAGGGGCCGAAACGAGAGGGGCUACAACGAGCACGAUUACUUUGGACGAGGUCGUGACGAUAGGAGACUCCGCGACGAGGGCAGCUGGUUAUAUUACGACGGCCGCGAUCACAAGGAGCAGGCUAACAGUGAAAGGGGUUUCAGGAGGUAUGAGGACCGCAUCCCGCGCGACAGAAGGUACGAUGACAGGUACGAUGACAGGCGGGAUGAGGAGAGGCGCUUUGAACUAAGGGAGAGGCAUAAGAGGUACGAGGAGGGAGAUAGAUGGGCCGACGAACGAGAAUACGUCGAAAGGGAGGCGGCAGAGUCGUCUAUGAAACGUUUCAGGCGGGAGCACUAG